AUGAGAAAGAGGGCAACGUCACGGGUCAAACAAGUUCACGGAGUUUCUGCAAUUUGUGCCAUUGUAAACAUUACACGACGCUUUCGGCAGGAAAAGUGGGUGCAGCGUUGCCUGAAGCCAUCUGAAGUGAUCGUUACAGAGCUAUUCCUAGCCAAGGCGGUGGUUAAGGCGAAGUGUGGGCAGCGCUCGUGCGUCUCUGUCAACAUCAGCGGGGAACAGCCGGACAUUUCACGGUGGUUGGGCGCGAGGGGCCCCGAAGGGAGUGACGGAUCGCUAUCGGUACGUGACGGGAUCGGCGUUCGGGAACGGCGGCAUGGACCAGUAAAGUUUACACACGUAACAGCAGUGAGGUUCAAGUACCACCAACUGACCAGUCCAACUAGUCUGGACCUUUUGGCCUCAGUAGCGGUGAUGGCGUUGGGUUAGUGAGCUGGUGGACCUGGGUUCGAAUCCUAGGACUCAGGGGAUACUCUCCAAGCAGAGGUUAGGCUCCGGCUAUAC